AUGCAUCUUAGAGAUUUUAGCUUUGGAGAGGGCCGCGCGUACGCGAGCCCUCAACUUCCACAAAUUACGACGUCCACUCCUCCACUUUGGGAAGAUGGUAGGCCGGCCAAGCCUAAGUGCAAUGGGAAGGCCGAACCUAGGCCAUUGGCCUUCAUGAUCACCAAUAGACCCCGUCCAGCACACUCGCUGUACGGACCCGUGGGCGACACAGGAUCACGGGAGUGGCUGCGUGUGUCGUACUGUCCGGAGGAAUGCAACACGGGAGAAGCGCGCGCGAUUCAUGGAUCAAUAUGGGGAUUUGGAGGGAAGAACUCUUUAAACACUUCCCAGCCUCUAAACAAAUCCAUCGCUGCGAAAGGGAUCGAUGCAUCGCCACCCUCGAGCUGGGCGAUCCAACGGAGCACAUGCGCGCGAACGUUCUUCGGUUUCGAUCGAUCGUUCGUUUUCCCUUCGUGUUCUUCUUGGGGGCCUAGCCUCGAAUCUUCUCCAUCGAUCAAGCAGCCAAUCGCUCUUUGGCUAUGGCCGCUUGGAUCGUUCUCCUUCUCUUCGCAACACGCAUUGUUCCAAAGUUUUGCGAGGAGCAACGCUAGCAGCAGCGGCCGCGUCGAAUCCGGCAGGAGAUUCUUGCUGGAUUACAUCAAUCGUCCCUUCGUCAAGAGCUUCAAUCUUUCGGAUGGGAGCGUGGUGGAUUGCGUGAGGAUAGAAGACCAGCUUGGAAUCCAGCAUCCUCUCCUCAAGAACCACAAGAUCCUGAGAAAGCCGACGAUCUUGCAGCCACAGUCGAGCGAUCGCUCCGCCAGCAGCAGGAGCGGUCGAUUCAAACGCAAUGCCACUUCUUCGUCGCCAUGGCAGCUCUUCCACCACGAACACAACUCCUGCCCCGACGCCACCGUGCCCGUCCGCCGCCUCCUUCCCAAGGACCUGGAUCGAAUGCAAACCCCCGAGGUGUUCCUCCACAAGUACCCCCAGUCGAUCCAGUCGGGCACGCACCGCAUUGCCGCGUCGCCCAACUCGCGAUCCUCGCGAAAGAAGCGAAGAAGGCGAAGAACAAGGAGAGACCAUCAUCUCACUCCUCCAUCGGUUGAUGGGCACCAGUAUGCGAUCGUCCAGGCAGUGGGCAGCUUCUCAGGAUCACAGGCCUACCUCAGCAUCUGGGAUCCGGCGGUGGCUACCUCGUCGGAUUUUAGCCUCUCGCAGCUCUGGCUGGGCGGAGGAUCUCACGAGAGCAUCAACACGGUAGAAGCCGGAUGGCAAGUCUACGAGCUCCUCAAUGGCGACAGAAGCCCACACCUCUUCAUCUUCUGGACGGCCGAUUCCUACAAGAACUCGGGCUGCUACAACCUCCGCUGCCCCGGAUUCAUCCAAACCAGCCCCAACGUCCUCCUUGGCGGCGCAAUCUCCUCCAUCUCCAGCCCCGACUCCAGCCUCUUCUUCAAGAAAUUCCUGAUCUUCAAGGAUCCAGUCGCGUGGUGGCUCCAGAUCGACGACGAGUGGGUGGGCUACUGGCCGGCGUCGCUCUUCACGACGCUGGGGCAGAGCUCGCAGUGGAUGCAAUGGGGCGGCGAGGUGUGCCUCUCGGGAGCCUCCGAUGGGCCGGAGCUCUCCACGCAAAUGGGGAGUGGCUUCUUCCCCGCCGAGGGCAACACGCGCGCGGCGUCCCAGUGCGAGCUCGCCUACCUGGACGAUCAAAUGCGCCAGUUUGACGCCGUGGAUCUCGCCGAGUUCUCCACCGAUCCCGAGUGCUACACCGCCAGGAAGUACUUCGAUCGAAACUGGGGCUCGUAUAUCAUCUUUGGCGGCCGGGGAUGCUCCAAGAGCUAGUCGCCACUGGCGAUCUAUUUUCUCUUCUUCUUCUUCUUCUUCGUCUAGAUCGUCUUGGGUUUUUGAGAGAUUUUUCUCUAUCAUCUCAGCAGCAGCCUCACUAUUUCGUGAUGGCGUAACUUUCGAUCAUCCAUUCCUUGUUCUCGCGAUAUAGAGUCUUUGACACGGUCAACUUUCUUGUCUCCCUCGUUGGAACGAAAAAUCAGUGAGACUGACUUCCAUGGACUUCCAUGGAUUCCUGGU